AUGCCUGUAUUAGAGCUGAAACCACCACCCGCUGAGUACGGAGGUGCACCGGCGCCGGCUGAGUAUGGAGCUGCACCGCCACCGGCUGGGUAUGGAGCUGCACCACCACCGGCUGGGUAUGGAGGUGCACCACCACCGGCUGGUUUCUCACCUCCACCGCAGUCGCUUCCGCGGCAUCCUCCACCGCCUCCUCCACAUCCACUUCCAGUGCAGGACGAUCCUCCUCCUCCUCCGCAUCCACUUCCACUGCAAGACGAGCCGCCUCCGCCGCAUCCACUUCCAGUGCAAGACGAGCCGCCUCCGCCGCAACUGCUUCCAGUGCAAGCUGCUGCUGCGCGCGGCACAAACCUACUUCCCAGCGCGUCAGGUGGACCACAUGAGCUUCCAGUGCAGGAACUGCAACCAAUACCACCU